CUCUCUCUCUCUCUCUCUCUCAGCCGCGCAUGCGGCUUGGCUCGACUUCAUCCUCUCUCCUGCUGCCACCCGAUUGGGGAGAGUGCUUACAGGCCCCGCGCGCGCCUGCGCGCUCCCCCGCGGGCCUUCGCCCGCCGCGGAGAAGAGGCCGAGUGCGCGUGCGCGGUGCCCCCCUCGCCGUCGCCCAGCGUCCGGGAGGGGCCGCCUCUGCGCCUGCGCGUCUCAGGGGGCGGUAGAAGCGGCCGAGUCGGGCCUUGCUCUGCGCAGUCGCCGUGCGCGCCUUCAGUCUGCUGGCGGCCGCGGGAGGGCGAGGAGAGAAAGCACUUCUCUGCGCCUGCGCAGCGCUCGCCCCUCGCCUGGAGGAGCCUGAGGAGGCGGCGGCGGCGGCGGCGGUCAUCGCGUGAGGCGACCCGGGCUCGGCCACCCACCGCCGCCUCGGUCGAAGCGCGGCCUUGCGGCCCAGCGGGCGGAGCGCGGCCGAGAGCCGGCGAGCGAGAGCCGGGGAGAGCGCGGCGGCGGCAGGAACGCGGCGGCCGGGCCAGGCCGGUCUGAGGCGAGGCGAGGCUCCGCGCUCCCUCCUCCCUCAACAUGUCGGCGCCGGCGGCCAAAGUCACCAAGAAGGAGCUCAACUCCAACCACGACGGGGCCGACGAGAUCUCCGACAAAGAGCAGCAGGAAGCGAUUGAACAUAUUGAUGAAGUACAGAACGAAAUAGACAGACUGAACGAACAAGCCAGUGAGGAAAUUUUGAAAGUAGAACAGAAAUACAACAAACUCCGCCAACCAUUCUUCCAGAAAAGGUCAGAAUUGAUCGCCAAAAUCCCCAACUUUUGGGUUACAACAUUUGUCAACCACCCACAAGUAUCUGCACUGCUGGGAGAGGAAGAUGAAGAGGCAUUGCAUUAUUUGAUCAGAGUUGAGGUGACAGAGUUUGAGGACAUCAAAUCAGGUUACAGAAUAGAUUUUUAUUUUGAUGAGAAUCCCUAUUUUGAAAACAAGAUGCUCUCCAAAGAGUUUCAUCUGAAUGAAAGUGGAGACCCCUCAUCCAAGUCCAGUGAAAUCAAAUGGAAAUCUGGGAAGGACCUGACAAAGCGCUCAAGCCAGACGCAGAACAAGGCCAGCAGAAAGAGGCAGCAUGAAGAACCGGAGAGCUUCUUUACCUGGUUCACCGACCACUCUGAUGCGGGCGCCGAUGAACUGGGGGAGGUCAUCAAGGAUGACAUCUGGCCAAAUCCGCUGCAGUACUACUUGGUACCUGAUAUGGAUGAUGAAGAAGGUGAGGGAGAGGAGGAUGACGACGACGACGAAGAGGAGGAAGGCUUGGAGGACAUCGAUGAGGAAGGUGAUGAAGAUGAGGGUGAGGAAGAUGAAGAUGAUGAUGAGGGAGAAGAAGGAGAGGAGGAUGAAGGAGAUGACGACUGAACACUGACAGAUUCCAACCUUCCUUUUCCCUCCACCAGUCCCUGGGAGCAAAUUGCUGUCUUAUUCCUUCCCCCCUUCCAUUCCCCCCCCCCGCCCUCUUGUACUCAGUCGCAUUGUUCUCCCGAGGUCUUUUCUUUCUUCUCUUCACCAUGGUUCACAAAUAAUUUUGGAGAAAAAUAUCUUGAGCAGAAUACAGUGGAAGAGAAUCUCGACCCAUUUCAAUUUUUUUAAUCCCUGUUUUUGAAAUGAAAAGAAAAAAGAAAAAAACUGUCAGUGGCAUCAGCGCACUGUGUUCUGUGGGGAAGAACGAGAACCGUCUGCUCCUGCUGGAGGCUGCGGAGUGCUAGGCCCCCCUGUGUGGUAGUGCAUAGAAUCUAGCUUUUUCCUUCUCUCUGUAUAUUGGGUUCAGAGAUUACACUGUGUCUCUUAUGUGAAUAUGGACAGUUAGCAUUUACCAACAUGUAUCUGUCUAUUUCUCUUGUUUAAAAAAAAUGAAAAAAGCUAAAAAAAAUGGGGGGUUAUAGACAGGGUAAGCAAGGGGUGGGUUUCAGAUGUUGGGGUGGGUUAAAUGGGCAUUUUGACAAAACAUGGCUUCUUCUCCUUUUGGCAUGUUUAAUCGUGAUGUUUAACAAACAUCUUUGCAGUUUAAGACGACACUUUAGAAAUGAAAAAAAAAUUAAUUAAAUUCUCCUAAUGAUUACAGUUCAGCCCUUCCACUUGACGGAGAAUCAGCAAACCCUGUAGGAUCUUAUUUGGAAUUUACAUUCUCUACUGUAAUUUUGUUCCUUGUUUUGGUUUUUUUUUUCCAACUUUUUUUUGUUUCACUGGAAAAAAGAAAGAUGCUCAGUUUUAAACGUUAAAAAAGUGUACAAGUUGCUUUGUUACAAUAAAACUUAAUGUGUACACAAGGGGGCUAAUAGUCAUCACUAAACAGAGCCUGCUUUGGACCCGUCCCAAUGAGUUUGGUGUUUCAGCAUAAUACCCCUAGAGCAAAAUACAUCACAAGGGACACUAAAGCCAAAGCGUUGGUUGUGCAAGCAGUUGCAACCCCCUUCCCCUCUCCAGUAUCGUUAUUCUGUCUGGGGCUGGUGGGGUCCAGGUUCAGGCUAAACGUCAUUCCUUGCUUUUAUUAUUUUUUUUUUUUCCUGUGAAUUGUGACUGGCUGUUUCUGUGUGGUGGAAAAACUUGGCAGCCCAUGAAUAAGCUGGCUUGUUUUCCAAACACGAUUUCUGGGGAGAUGAAGACGCUUGAGGUAUCCUAGAGUGAUGCUUUUUAAAUUUUAAUUCAAUGUAGGAAGAAUUGUGUAACUUCAUCUGUUGAUAUCAAUAAAGAUCAUCACUGGAUUGGC